UGCCUUGGACCCUGCCCCAGUCAUUCCACCCUCACAGCUCUCAGUGGGCUGUCAAUGACAGUUUUCAGUGUAAAGCAUGGGCUAAGUUCCAGGCGGAAUGGGAGAUGCAUGGAGGUGUGAGGGGCUUAUAGCCUGGUUGAGGAGUCCUAACUCACAACCAGGAAGAGGCCACACUGCUAGGCUGCACCAGGAUACAAUGCAAGGAAAAAGGAAAGGGCGCAGUGCAGAGACUUAUUUCUCUAGGUCGUGAGGUUGGGCAAAGCUUGGAAAGGAAGAAAUUUGGUAGAAUGAUGAAAUUUAGGGAAAGGGGAAAAAGGUUUCUGCCCAGUCAACAGCCAGAAGGGGGUUCCUUGGGAGCCAGGACACCAGUCUUGUCUCAGUUUGGGUUCCCUCCAAAGCAGAGCCUGAGUCGAGGGUGUGGGUAAUCUUGUGUUUGGGGGGUUAGGUCGGGAAGCAGGAGUGAGGGAGCAGGGGAAGAAAGGGAAGAGAAAAGCCAGUAAGAGUGUGUUAUUGAGUUCCAAUAUUCAGUGGGCAUCGGGAACCUCUGAGUGCACAAGAUAACUUCCAGAAAGACAGAAGAUGGGCGUUUAUGGCCAGCUCACAUUCCCCAUUGUUUGAGGGUUGUCUUAGAGGCAUUAAUGCCCUUAUACACACUUGCAGCCUGUACUUGUCAGCUGAGUGGGCUGUUAGAGCUUCAGAUAAGAUUCCUGGGCAGGAAAUCAGAAAGACUUAUGCUCAUGUGAGGGAUUCACUGACAGUGAGAGUCUGAGCUUCCUCACAACCGUUCACAACUGCAGCUGAAAUCAGAGAUGGGACACGGGGCACCGAAUGCUAAAGUCCUGAUGCCAUCAAAGGACCCAUCCCCUCUUCCGCCAUCACAUCUCCUUCAUGCCUAUAAAGUGGCCAAUGGAGAAAGCUCCAACCCCGCUGAGAACCACUGAGCCCAGGACUCCCGGGAGAGGCAACUCUCCUGCUCCUUCCCUCCACCAUGGAGUACCUCUCUGCCCUGGACCCCAGAGGCCUGCUCAGGUCAGUAACCAGUAUGAGCUCCGAUUUGGGCCGUAAGGUCUGGACCUCGGCUCCACCACCCCCGCGACCUUUCCGCGUCUGUGAUCACAAGCGGGCCACCCGGAAAGGCCUUACAGCUGCCACCCGUCGGGAACUGCUAGACAAGGCACGGGAGGCUCUGACGCUGAGUGGAGUGCUCACACUGGUGCUGGAGGAGGAUGGGACCACAGUGGAGAGUGAGGACUUCUUCCAGCUGUUGGAGGAUGACACAUGCUUGAUGGUGCUGGAGUUGGGACAGAGCUGGAGCCCCAGCAGGAGUGGGGUGCUGUCGUAUGGCCUGGGCCGGGAGAAGCCCAAGCACAGCAAGGACAUCGCCCGCAUCACCUUCGACGUAUACAAGCAAAACCCUCGAGACCUCUUUGGCAGCCUGAACAUCAAAGCCACGUUCUACGGGCUCUACUCCAUGAGUUGUGACAUUCAAGGACUCGGCCCAAAGAAAAUACUCAGGGAGCUCCUCCGAUGGGCCUCCACACUGCUGCAAGGCCUGGGCCACAUGCUGCUGGGAAUUUCCUCCACCCUUCGCCAUGCAGUGGAAGGGACUGAGCGGUGGCAGCGACAGGGUCGCCUCCAACCCUACUGAGAAGGGGCUCUGAGCUUCUGCCCCUAGACUCAUUCCAAGAGACAGACCGUAAGGACUGUGACAGCAUCAAGUUUGGGGCCUACACACAUUGCACGCUCACUAAUUCGCCUGUUUUCCCCAGUCUUCUGAUCCCAUAGUGACAGGCCCAUCAGCCUAACGCCUUUCACCCUAGCCUAUAUCCAUUGCUGAAGAAUACUAUCCAUUCCUAGCCAUCUUUCUAGCCUCCCACUUACCCUGAAAGUCUACAGCCUGUCCACAGGCAUCUGGAUCCCACCCUGAUUGCUGCUACAUCUAGAGGUCCUUACCACUCCCCUCCUCUCCCUAAGCUCCCCAGUGCCCUGAAGAGAGCCCUCUCUAACUUUACCUUGAGAUCUCUAUUUCUUUGUACCCUUCCCCCAGAAAAUAACAAAGGUGUUUCCAGUAAAAAUAUAGAAAUGUUUA